CCUCCUAAUCCUGCAGGUGUCGAUGAAUCUGAGUGUGCUGACAUCAGGAACAUUACAUGGCAGGAGUACCGGCAACGUACAAACAAGCUGCAGGUCCAGUACCUGCUACUAACAAGGAGCAACAUGGACUGUGCACAAAGGUUCAACCAGAAUUCACUGUCCACAGCACAACAGUCCUACUUCAAUGUGUCUCAUCCAACAAAGGUCAUUGUCCACGGGUACAGGACCCUAGGCACUAAGCCAUCCUGGGUGAAGGAUCUGGCUCAGGCCCUCCUCAGGGUGCAGGAUGCUAAUGUGCUGGUGGUGGACUGGGUCUAUGGUGCAUCCUUCGCCUACAACCUAGCUGUGGAAAAUUACAAAGAGGUGGCUGUACAAAUCUCUGUCAUCAUUAAUGAGCUCCAGAAACAUGGCUGCGAGCUCAAGUCCUUCCACUUCAUCGGGGUCAGUCUUGGAGCUCACGUUGCUGGUUUUGUGGGAACUCUUUUUAGGGGAAAGAUUGGAAGAAUUACAGCCCUUGACCCCGCUGGGCCCAUGUUUAAAGGAGCCGACACCUUUGAUCGACUGGAUCCCUCUGAUGCCCUGUUUGUAGAUGCUAUUCACACAGACGCCGACUAUUUUGGUAUCUCCAUCCCUGUGGGUCAUGUGGACUUCUUUCUAAAUGGAGGGAAGGAUCAGGUUGGAUGUUCCCGCUCAAAAUUUACAUCAAUGUACGACUAUGUGAUAUGUGACCACAUGAGGGCGCUGUACGUGUACAUGAGUGCACUGGGUGGCUCUUGCCAGUUAACAGGGAUUCCGUGUGGGAGCUUUGAGGACUUCCUGAGGGGACAAUGCGUGGACUGUGAUAUCUUCAAAGGGACAUGUCCAACCAUAGGUUUAUCAGAAAACUGUGGGAUACCAGCCAUGUCUCCAAUUCCAAAGGAGCAAAAGGUUUUCCUCAUCACAACUUCAUCAGCACCUUUCUGUGUUCAUCACAUCCUGCUGGUGCUGCAGGUUUCUGCUUUGGAUAAAAGUGCAGAACUGGAAGUGACACUGACCGUAGAUAAAGUGGGAACACAGCAGACACUUAAUCUUCAGACAGAUACAACAGUAUACAAGGCAGUGCUGACCCACCCUGCGGCUCUGUGUCACAUACACGCCAUCCAGCUGAAGAACACAGGAGCCUGGCUGUACAAGCAGCGAGACAUCCACGUCAAGUCUGUCUGUCUAUCUGAGAUCCCCGCCCUGAGGCGAGAGCAGCCACUCUGUGUGCACAACGUCGUCAUCAGACGAGGAACUCCAUGGUCUCACGACUUAGUGCAAGUGUGUCACACCUUCUGAGGACAGAGCAUCAUCCAGAAACCACUGAACACACAUACAUUGACGCUCCCAGAAACUAAAGAGUGGAGGCAAAAUUCUAUCAUUUGCUGUUGAUGGAUAAAAUAAAACUAUUUUAUGAGGAUGAGAUAAUAUCUAGAAGAGAGCAGUUAGUCGAGUUACACUGAGGUUACCUUUGCUGUAGUUUCUGUAUUGCUCUGAUAUGAAAUUCGUGGAGGACUUUAAAUAAAAAAUAAAAAAAUCUUGCUUUUGCAUAUUAGUCUCGUAACCUGAGGUGUAGCUCUCAGCAUGUGCAGUGUAACUUGUAAAUGUGUCUGUCACCUGUUGGAUAAGCCCAGGUCAGAGAAGAACGUU